GAGGGGAGCGUUGGUGAGGGUGGAUUAGAGCGGUGUUGUGUGUAACUGGUGAAAGAACUUGCGUUAGUCGAUUGCCGUGUGUGCUUUGUUGUGUUUUCAGUUUACGUCUUAUCAUUAUAAGUAGAACAUGAAUUAUCAGUGAUCAGUUAAAUCCAGCCCCGCGAGUGAUUAGCUUACUGAGGAGUGGAGGUAGAUGCCAGGUUUUGUAUCUUUGUUGUGAAAUAAACCAGCCACCAAGCUGGCUGGCAGUCCAGUUGUGUCGGGGGUCGAUGACCCCCGUACGAUGCUGGACUGGGAAGAGGGGGAUAGAUUUUCUUUCGAGGAUUCUGAUAGGUUCGAAGAGGAUUCACUGUGCAGUUGGAGCAGUGAACCCGAAUCUUUGUGCAACAAUUGGAGAGGAUGGAAGAGACCAACUUUAGGAUCUGGCACUUUUGGAUUGUUGAAGAGGACACCAGAAGAUGCUACUGGAUUCCAAGUGCCGCCAUUAGCUGAACUGUCGGCGAGAUGUGUCGCAGCACACAUACCUUUCGAGCUGGUGGAGCACGUUUUCCCGCCAGUACCCGAACAGCUGCAACUCCGCAUUGCCUUCUGGAGCUUCCCCGACAAUGAGGAGGACAUCCGGCUGUAUUCUUGCUUAGCAAAUGGCAGCGCCGACGAGUUCCAACGUGGCGAGAACCUGUUCAAGAAUCGUGCAGUUAAGGAACCCCUACAGAUAGGUUUUCAUUUGAGUGCGAGUGUGUGCCCACCCCAGAGUGUCGGGCAGGUCCGGGCGCAGUACAAUGUUGCAGUGACGUUUGACCGGAGGCGCAUCACUUCCUGCAACUGCACCUGCUCUUCAACUGCAUACUGGUGUUCGCACAUAGUGGCUGUGUGCCUCCACAGGAUACAUCUGCCCAAUCAAGUGUGCCUGCGGGCUCCUGUGAGUGAGUCAUUGUCACGGCUGCACAGGGACCAACUCCAGAAGUUUGCUCAGUAUCUCAUCAGUGAGCUGCCGCAGCAGAUACUCCCGACUGCGCAAAGGCUGCUGGAUGAGCUGCUGUCGUCACAACCAUCAGCCAUCAACAGUGUUUGUGGAGCUCCUGACCCUACUGCAGGUGCAUCAGCAAAUGACCAGACAUCAUGGUAUCUAGACGAGAAGACACUUCACGACAACAUCAAGAAGAUUCUCAUAAAAUUUUGUGUGCCAGCUCCAAUCGUAUUCAGUGACGUGAACUACUUGAGCACUACAGCUCCUCCGGCAGCAGCAGAAUGGAGCAGCCUGCUGCGGCCACUCAGAGGUCGCGAGCCCGAGGGGAUGUGGAACCUGCUGUCGAUUGUUCGGGAGAUGUUCAAGAGGAAUGACCGCAAUGCUAUCCCGUUGCUCGAAAUUAUAACUGAGGAGUGUGUUGCAUGUGAACAGAUUCUUGUGUGGUGGUUCAAUACAAAAGUAGCACUCCACAAUGGAAGUUCGGGGCACGGAGGAGGAAAACAUGGCAGUGUGAACAGUAAUAGUCACACAUCCCAGCAUGCAUGUUCUUCACUGUGCGAUGAAAUUGUCAUUCUCUGGAGGUUGGCAGCUCUCAACCCUGGGCUGUCUCCUGAAGAGAGGCAACUGCUUCAUGGACAGUUCUCAGACUGGCAUCUCAAGAUUAUUGAAAAGGUAACAAAGAGCCGUGGUGCUGCACUGGCAGGCCCGCAAGGUCUGACAGGAAGUGGGCCAGGGACCCACAACAGAAAUGCCAACAGCUUCCGCAAUGAUGUGGAAAUAUUCUCUGGCUUCAAGCCGGCCAUUGAAGCAUGCUACCUGGAUUGGGAUGAUUACCCUCUGCCUGGCAUCACAUACCAGGGGGGCGUCAGCCUCUUCUACAGGUGUCCCUUCACGUGCUUCAGGCAUGCUGGAGACCAGUCUCGCUCUGACCAUGUUGUCAACCAGGUGAACUCCUCACAAGCGGUUUUGAAUUGUGAACAUCCAGCUCAGCCAUCACACCAUCACCACCACCAUCACCAUCGACAUCACAACAACUUGAACCAGUUCCUCCCUGUCCCACAUACACGGCCACACGUGAGCUGCCAUGGGGCCUCUCGCUCUUCCACGUGUCUGACUGCUAUAGACUUCCCAUAUCGAGAGCGUAGGCGGCACCACUCUCGUCAUGAUUUUGGUGGCCACAUUCCAAAUGUUGAUAUGGUGGUACGGUUUCAUCGUAUUGUACAUGGACUUGGGUCACCAGCAGAUGGUGAUGACACACGUGAUGGAAACCGUUCAAGUGUUAGUAGUGAAGGUUUCUGUGAAAAUGACCCGGAUGGUGACAUGCUGAUGGACAGCAGUGUGCUAAUGAGACCGGAACUCCGUAUGCCUGCAAUGUGUGGUGUCGGGGAUACAGACUCUCAGGAGGGAGGCAGCAGCGACUCUGCCAGCAGCAUCGGGAGUGGCGUGCAUGCAGCAGUAAGAGGUAUUCCUGUGGCUGGCAAUGAGGCAACUAGUCACAGAAUUUCAUCGCACCUCUUGCAAAGUGGUCACGAUUCAGUGUUUGACCUUCCCGACCUAGAUAUGGCACGUCACGCCACUGUUUCACCUCGCCGCGAUACUGCAGAUGCUGAUUCAGACACUUCUGCAGGUGGUAUUUCGCCCUCCGAAGACAUAGAAGGAUUGCGGAGGCCAUCCAAAGAUGGAUCAUUUUCUUCAUCAAAUUCUGACUCCCAGCAGUCUGGAGACGAGUAUAACCUGUAUUAUUACGAUCCUAAGGCUUUGACUGCUGGAUCGAGUAAUAAUGCAAAUGAAAAUUCCAAGUCUGCAGGGAAGAAUGAUCCUGUGGUACCUGCCUCAGUUUUUGCAAACUUGAGGAAGACUGAGGAUCCCUGGGACAUCCUGUUUGCUAGAGCAGAGGGUCUACAUGCACACGGACACGGGAAAGAAGCCUGCACUCUAGGUGUGCGCCUCGCAGAGGAACUUCUCGCCAACCCUCCGGACCUCAUGAUCGAGUUGCCACCAAUGCCCACAAAAGGGAAGAGAAAGAAGCAACAAAUAAAUCCUGUGUCUCAUCAAAUAAGCUGUCUAGCAUCGGCUACACUAGCUAAGUGUGCCUUCCUGUGCACAGUACUGGCAGAAAAUCUGGAACAUUCCCACCUGGCAUUCAGGGUGGGUUUGUUUGGACUUGAAAUGGCUCGUCCACCGGCAAGCACCAAGCCACUCGAAGUGAAACUAGCAAAUCAGGAGUCAGAAUUAGUAAGUCUCUUGAAGCGCAUCCCUUUAGGAGCUUGGGAACUUAAAAUUAUUCGGGAACGUGCUGAGCAACUAAAAGACGGAACAUUGCGAUCUCGUGGGGAAGCUCUGCUCCCAAUCAUGCUUGCCAGCUAUCUUUUCGAUGUGCUUGUCAUGCCAGGAGGACGGGAAGUGAGGUGUCAGUUGCAGAAUCAGUCACUGCGGUUGCCGACAGAUGAGACUCUGGGUUUUGAGGCUGCAGUUGCUGCUCUUGGCUUGAAAGCUAAUGUGUCGGAGGCUGACCACCCACUCCUCUGUGAGGGAACUCGAAGACAGAGAGGUGACCUUGCAAUUGCACUUCUGGUCCAUUACAAGGAUGAUCCAAACAAGAUUUCCAGAAUAAUGGACAAGCUUUUAGACAGGGAAGUUCAUCAGUUGGUAAAAACUACCAUCCAUGCGUCUUAUUAUUCAAACAAUCCACCUACCAGGAGUCAUUUGAGCAAGGUUUCGGGUCGAAGAAAAGAAGAACAGAGCUCAGCAGAACCUCCUCUAGGGGCAGUAGUCAACUCUGUUGGGACAUCAUCAGAUGGCUUGCUUCCAGAUGUUGCUCCUGGCUGUUCUGGCAGUCGUCCACACAGUGCAACAAGUGCGGAGUUGGAGCAGGCAAUGUCGGGACUUUGCAUUAGUAGUCCUCCAAACCCCAUGCCACCACCUCGUACAAAGGAGUCGCGGUACAAGGGCAAGCGUGCAUAUCCGUCCGUCCCGAACCAGCCAUCUGAAGCUAGUGCCCACUUUAUGUUCGAACUAGCCAAGACAGUUUUGUUGAAGGCUGGCGGCAACAGCAGCACGUCACUCUUCACGCAGGCUUCCACGUCACAGAAUCAUCAUGGCCCACACCGUGUGUUGCAUAUAUGUGCAUUCCAGCUGGGUCUUUACGCACUUGGACUUCACAACUGUGUGUCGCCAAACUGGCUCAGCCGCACAUACUCUUCACAUGUCUCUUGGAUAACAGGUCAGGCCACAGAGAUUGGAGCACCAGCUAUUUCCUUCCUAAUAGACACAUGGGAAGGCCACCUCACACCACCAGAAGCAGUCAGUAUUGCUGACAGAGCUUCACGCGGUUGUGAUGCCAACAUAGUACGGGCAGCGGCUGAGCUUGCACUGUCCUGUUUGCCCCAUGCACAUGCACUCAACCCAAAUGAAAUACAGCGAGCUAUAUUGCAGUGCAAGGAGCAGAGCGAUCAGAUGCUUGAGCAGUCCUGUCUUACUGUUGAAAAUGCGGCAAAAGGUGGUGGUGUGUAUCCUGAAGUACUGUUUCAGGUUGCAAAGCACUGGUAUGAACUUUACAUGAAGCACUCCCCUGGCACAGGAGAUCAGCCUACUGAGGCCGAAGUGCAGCCAGAGCCCCUGCAGUUGGAUCCUAAAGGCCUGGUAGCCCUCGUAGAGGCGCAGCAUGCGGCUGCAGCCACCGCGACGGCAGUUGUUGUGACUACAGCUGUGCCCCCGCCCUACCCGGCUCCACCGCCUCAUCCCGUGACGACUCUGGCUCCGCUGCCGUAUGCCGCUGUCGCACCCUACGGGUUCGUUCACCACCACCGACACAACCACGCCCGCACCCACACAUUCCACCCACGAGCGGUCGCCUUGCCACCUCCCCCACACUUGCAGAUGUAUCUCGCACAGCCUCCGGCAGCGGCCGCAGCUGCUGCUGCUGCCUUCCAGCAGCACAGAGGAGCUGCUGCCACAGCACCACCUGGAGCUCCAACGCCUCUGCAGUACUAUGGUACUGCUGUAACACUGGCUCCGGCACCGACAACCGCCGGUGCCGUGGGUGUCCGUGUUGCUGUUACGGGCACUCCAGCAGCUCCGCACCACCAUGUAUAUUCGGCUGCCAUUCAGCAGGUAACCAAUGGCGGAGCAGCGGUGAUGGUAGCGAGUGCGCCACAGCACCAGCACCAGCCACAGCCGCUGCCACAUGCGCAGCAGCAACAGCAGCAGCAGGCGCAACACCAGCAACAGGCACAGCACCAACAGCAACAAGCGGCGCAGCCACCUGCCACCCAGGCACAUGGCGUUCAGGUCCUGCUGGCCGGGGCCCCAACGCCAGCCGCAAUGGCGGUUGCUGCUCCGCCCCAACAGCCGCAGCAGCAGAUGCAGCUGCCACAGCAGCAGCCGGCCAUGAUGCCCGUGCAGCAAGUCGUCCGACCUGCACCGUCCCCAACGCAGCAGCCUCAGCAGGUUCACAGGCAACAACAGCAACAGCAGCAACAACAGCAACAGCAGCAGCAACAGCAACAACAACAACAACAACAACAACAGCAACAGCAGCAACAACAGCAGCAGCAGCAACAGCCUCAACAACAGCCUCAGCAACAACAGUACUCACAGGUGCAGUUGCGCUACCUUUUGGCAGCAUACCGGGUGGGUAUGCUGGCGCUAGAAACACUAGCACGGCGAGUUCACGAUGACCGACCGCAAGCAAAGUAUGCUCGCAACCCUCCGUAUGGUGAGGAUGUCAAGUGGCUGCUUGGUAUUGCCAAGAAACUGGGAACACAAUACUUACACCAGUUUUGUAUAUGUGCCGUGAAUAGUAUUGUCAGUCCAUUUGUACUGCACGAUGUGGCCUUGGAGGCUGCACAUUAUCUUGCUCGUAACAACCCGAGCCUCAUAAUGCAGCAUUUACGUUCUGCACUUACUCCGCUUGUCCAGAAGUGCCAACAGAUGUAUAUUCAAUGCAUGCAUCAGAAACUUUAUCAUCUGACCGCAAGUGACUAUGAAGAUUUUGUUAAUAUUGUUUGCUCUGCAAGAGCUGCAUUCCAGAUUACACCUGAUGGCAAUACUCAGUUUAAAGAGUGGUUGCAGUCAAUACGAAGGUCUAAAUCUUGUAAGAAAGACCUGUGGGCACAGAUCAAUGCUGCAUUGCAAGCCAACAGCAAAUGACAAAGGCCAGACCUAGGUGCCCACUAUUCUUCUAGCAGCAGUCCCAGGAGUGGAAGCCCACAGUGUUCUGCCGUACUGCAGCUUGAGGCGUCCCCUCGGGACGUGUUUCCCUCUGUGAUUUCAAAUGCCACUCUCACUCAGGAUGUAAAUGGUAAUGCUACCAUUAUUACGGGCACUGGUGGUGCUUUGCAUCGAUUCCCUGGUAUGGGAAUCACACUCACCGUGGGAGAAGGGUUUGCAGUGCGGUGGGAUAAUGGGCGUUUCUGUGUUACCGAGAAUGGGACACCGAGAGAACGGCAAAUCUUGUGGAAUGAGGAAUGUGGCAGAUAAUUGUGUAAAAGUCUGUACUAGUUAUUUUCUAGUUGCUCUUUGAACAAAUUUGCCAAUUCUUUGGACAAAUGUGCAGUUCCUUUCCUUUCUUGUAAUUUCUUUUUACAAACUGCGAUGUAACUGUGUAGAAAUCAUGUUGAAUGAUUUAGUGAUUAAUUUUUAUCUCUUUUGUAGCUGUGUGUGGAGACAAAAGAUAAAGAGAAAUGUCUGACUUUUUGAAGUCAUUAAGGAAAGCUUUUCAGUAGUGAAGUUUUGUGGUGUCGUGCAUGUAUAUGAUAUAAUACAACCUAAUUUUGUUGAGCUAAGAAAUUAAAAUCAUAUUGUGUUUUUUUUCUUUUUUUCAUUGUGUGUUCUCUCUUCAUUAGACUUAACUGUAAUUUCUACAUUAAGAAUUCAUUUCAGUCUUUGCAUUAGGACACUGUCAAUUAAGAACUCAGUACUUUCGUGAAAAUUACAUUUGAAUUUAUUUCUGGAAUUUGUGUGUUAAUUGAUACCACGUGAGAAUUUCUCAGCCUUACAGAACUGUUUCCUUCUCAUUCUCCAUUCAUUCCUUUUCCUCCUCUUUCCCUUUUCCAUGUGCACUUUCGUGAAAUGUUAUCCCCCCUCCCCCAAGUCUUUGUUGUUCCUGGCAGUUGUGUUCAGACUCAUUCACUCUCAGUAAAUAAUGGGAAGUUCAUAUUUCAUUUGUAAGUGUUCAGAAUUUAGAACAGCUCUAGUUAUCUUCAUUCUGCAUGUCUUUCUCAUGGUAAAUUGUCUGUCAGAUUGCUAUUUCUAAAUGAGUUUCUUAUCCAUUUGUAAUGUCUAUUCUUGUAGUGAGUCAGUCCUACCAAAUUUGUUGUUGAGGGCAGCAGUUUCAUUAGAGUUGAACUAGAUAUCUACUCUUGAUAAUUUUAUAAAACUGUAACAGACAUACAAAACAUUGUAUUGCAACACCAAGCAUAGAAAAAGGUACAAAAUGAAAUGAUUGAUAUUUCAACAAUGCAGUUUUCAUUUACGUGCAGCAGUGAAUUAUUCUUUGCAUUUAUUCUUCAUCCUUGUCAUACAAAAAAAAGUAUGUCUGAUGUUCCUAAGUGCAGAAUACAUUACCCAUUUGAGUUAUUGGUGACACAAAUGUCACUGGAGAUCCUUGUGUGUGUGUGUGUGUGUGUGUGUGUGUGUGUGUAUGUGUGUGUGUGUGUGUGUUUUUCUCAUAUCUGUCAAUCAUCUACAGUUCAGAAGUAAAAUUUUACAGGCUGUAAAUCUUGUGCUUGGAUUUAUUGUGAACUGGAGCAUUUUAUUAUUUGCCUGUGAAGAGACAGCAGAGUAUGUUAAAGAUGCAUUGAUAGUUUGCUGGAAGUGAGAAUUCUUUCCUUGUUUAUUCAGUGAAUCCAUGUUUUCCAAGCUCAACUGUGGUUUGCCCCCAAUAGAAAGUUGUUCAUAUGCUGUUAGUAUCCAAAAGGCUUGCAUGAGGCUGGUAGCUGUAUGAAAUGUGUUUCUUUACAAGACAGUUGAAAUACAAUCAGCAUAUAAAUGAGUAAGAGCAUUUUCAGUCUGCAUUAUCAAACUCUGUGCUGGAAUGCAAAUUAAGAUGUAGAAGAUCAUGGAUAAGGCAUUUAUUAACUUAAAAUUGUAGUUCAGCCACCACAUUUAUGUACUCAGGAUGGCUGAAAUGUAGAAUAUAUUCUAGGUCUUACUCCUACUCCUGCGUAAUUAGAGGGCUGGACAAUUUUUUUAAAUAGUUCUGAAUCACAUGACUGCUUUAUAUUUUUACAUAAACAACUCCUUGCAAAGGAAGAGGCAGCUUAAGCACAAGGGGAAAAUCUGACUUCUGGUUUAAGAUUCAUAUCAACAAGUAAUUAUACAGGAAACUACAUGAUUGUUGCUACCAGCAACGUCAUGAAAAGAAUGUUGAAGUAAAGUGGAUUUGCAUUGUGCUGGUCUCAUGGACCUCCUUUUGUCAUUCCAAAUGUGUAUUAGCAAAAGCAAAUUUCUUUUCAUGCUUGGCAUAAUGUUGACUAUAAAGCGAAAAUUGUCUUUUGCAUUUGUUUCCAAAAUUGUGGUUGGUAUAAUGUUUAUAUGUGAUUCCCAAUUCCCUGUUUCAGAGCCAUUUAUUCAAAUUCUAAGGCAGAUGAAUUUAUUUAGUUAUUUUUAAUGAAACUGCAUUCAGGUCCUAUAUAUCUUAAUUUUGUAAAUUAUUUUCUUUGAAAACUUUUUAAUUUGCUGACAUGUUGACACACCAGAAAGUGUCAUGCAAGAGAGAUGAUUCUUCACGUGUUGGACUUACCUAUCCAUUUUUAAAUCUUCAUUUACUGAUCUUAUAUGUAAUGUACUUGAGAAUGAUGGAACAUUAGUUCAGAUUUGUACAUGAAAAAUGAGAAACCUACAAAAAAAGGAAGUACAGGAGAAAACGGUGCAAAAAACAAUAUGCAUCUGAAGCUCCCAGAACCACUGCUUCAUUAUUGCCGAAGGGAAAGAAAACAGUAAAGGUUGAGAAUUCUGAAUGGUUGUAACACAUUUUCAUUUAUUCCUUGUCUUUUUCAAUAUACCAGAUGAAGGUGUAGUUCAGAUUUCUAUCCGCAUUUCCAUAUUUGGCAGUAAGCACUACUUCAGAUCUGUGUUCAGAGGUUUUAUCUUUUUGACAAUUUUUUGCAUUUUAAAACAAUUGCUCAGAAUUUCUUUGUAAGUGUGUUUUAUAUGGCAGGUGCUCCGUUAUAAGAUAAAAGUAGCAGUUAUGAAAGAAACAAAAACAGAAUAACAGUCCCUAUAUUGCUUUCAGUUUUCAUCGUCAAAUGUUCAAGCCUUACUGUUUAUUUCAUAUAUAUUCUUUCAGUUUGUAGAUGCAUUUUUUUAAAAAAAAUGACCUCUGCUCCAGCACAUACACAGCUUUCCUUCGCAAGUUACAUGGUAGCUGAAAAUUACUGUCAAGUACUAAAUUCAAAAUUGUUUUACAGUCUAAUUCCACAUACUUCAAAGGACGAUGCAAAUAGCAGUUGACACUCAGUAUUUACAUGGGAGUGUAUGUCUGAUAACCUUCAUGUGGUAUCGUUCAGCUCCAUGUUAAAGCCACUUUCUCUUUUCCUUUCCUUUUCUUUAAAAAUUGCUUAUUGAAACCAUGGACAAUUCUUGUAAAUGUAUGCUGUUGCUGUUCUGGCAGUGCCAAUGUGAAUGUGACCAGAGAUUAUUGUUCCCCUAUUAACAUCUGAUAUGAAAUGCUAUAUGUUAAGUAUAAUCCUGUAAUUAUCUGCAAAAUUGAGGUAGUUAUGCUAUUCUCAUAAUUUCAGAGUUAUGAGAAAUGUAUGGCAAGAUAUAGUUACUUAAGUCACCACUUCAUGAUGAUAAAAAAUAGUUAUAUUAAAUAUGAUAAUGUAGUGAUAAGCAGUGUGUGUAAUUCCAGAAAUUUUAAGUGAAAUUGCUAGCUGCUGCAUGGCAGACGGACGGAUAGAUACAUUUCUGUAUGUAUAUAAUUUAGUCAAGGGAAGUGUUCUGUGUAUUUUUGUGACUGGUACUGUUUAAUUACAAAUUGUAUCUGCAUGGUAAACUGAAUUGUGAAAUACGGGUAAAGCCAUGGAAAGAUAUUAUUUAUUUCGCAUAGAUUUCAGUUCGCUUAUAUUAUUUCUGAAUUAUCUGCAGGGUAGUACUUUUAUUAGAUAAUCAUAAUAAAGUCUUUUCCACCCUCAGAGUGAUUCUGGGGUGAGGAAUAGUUUAAUUUCUGAUUGUUUUAUCAUGCUGGCAUGACUUAACAACCAUCUUUGCUUAUUCCAUGCUUAAAGCAUUGUGGCUUAAACAAUCGUAUGAAACUGUAUUAAAUGAGCAUUAAAGCUGACAUCAGGUUUUAGCAACAACAUUAUCUUUUUUUAAUUAGAAAGUAUGAUGUAGAACUGGAUUAUAACUGUCUUGUAAUUGUUGAGGAUAUUUAUUAGUACAGAGUAAACAUACAGAAAUUAAAUGGAUAUAUUUUUUCACUGUCACUAUAUUAAGAAGCAGGUGCACUGGUUUUUCAGCUUUUCAUUGCUGUAUUCUAAAAAAUUUAUAUUGAUUUUAUGAGUGGAUUGUGAUCAUAAAAUAUUUAAGUUCAUUACCUGUGCUCAUUUCAUAGUUUUACCUGCAGAUAAAAUUAGUUACUAUGUUGUUCUUUUACAUAAACCUUUACUAUUAUUAGCAGACAGCUUCUGUGACACUACACGAGACAUAGCUUUGGUAUUUUCUGUUUCUAUAAUUAUAUUUUGGCUACUGUUUCUUGCAACAGAAUGAAAUGGUUAAAGAGGAACAAAUUUACCAAUCCUCUUUAAGUUUUCCUCUGUAUUAAUGAGGAAUGUUUUCUUUAGUGUUCAACAGCAGGAAAACAAAGACUGAAUGUGUCAGUUCCACAAUGGGAAGCAAAUUCAGUGUGAUUUGGUAUCACUUCAUUUUACAUUUUUCUUCUGUGAGGACAUUUGCUGCAGUGAGCUUCAUUCUCUACAUCCUAUAGUACUUCAAUAAAUGCCACUGCACCUGCAGUUUUUAUAUUCAAAUAAAAAGGAAAAUUUCCUGUCAUCUAUUUAUGAAAUGAAAAUUUUUAAGGUUACAAGAAAUAAAACACCCAUUAUUUAUCUGAGCCUCUUGUCCAAUAUGGAAGUGUAGUCAAUAGGCUGGAAAUUUAGCAGUGUAAGAAUUAGCGGUUGAUGUAUUCUGAAUAUAUACAUUUUUAAAAACGUGAUUUUGAAAUGUGUACAGUAGUAAGUUAUCAUUGUCUUAUCAGUAUAUCAGUUUGGUCAGUGUUUUUGGUUUUGUAAGUAGCACAUACACAAACAUGGAAACAGUACUGUGAGCUUCCAACUGUUAACUAUUGUUUGUUUGACAGAUCUUUAUUUGAUGGUUUUAUUUAUGUAAGUCAGUACUGAAAAUUACAUAUUGGUAACUUUUUUUAGCAUAUCUAUGAAGUUAAAGGAAGAAAAUUUCUUCUAUCUGCACUCUGUUACUUAAACCUGCUGUUGUUUUGAAAAUGGAGACCAAGUGAUGAAUGGAUGUAAACUUUGAAUGAGUGUAAAUGCGUGUAUAUAUAUUUUAAGGUGAUUCUUACCUUCACAGUUUAGCUCCUCAUGAGUUUUCAUUUAUUUUGGAAUGUAGUAAAAGAAGAUAUGAAAAUUUCAGGUAUUUUUAAAACUGUUCUAGGUACCACAAGUGAAUCUGUGAAUCUUAUUGUAAAAUGUAGAUUAAUAUUGUUCAGAUAUUAGCAGAUACAAAUGCAACAACACAUUUCAAAGUUAUGUUUGAACUGUGUUGUUUGUAUUGUUGUGGGAAUUGACUUAUUCCUUCAAAGCUGUUCAGCUACUGCUUUAGUUGAAAAUGCUUCAAGGUGAGUUUAAUAAAUGAGGAAUAUAUUUUCAAAUUAUUUAACAAAAUGGAACAAACAUUUAUUGGAAGCUACACAGUGAUUAUAUCAUGGUUAUAAACCUCUUUACACACCCAGUUUUCUAUGUAGAAAGCAUAAACAAGUGUAGAGUUUUGAUUUUUAUUUCAUUUUGAAAAGGGGGCCUGAAUAAACCAUUCAUCUUUUAGUGGUUGGAUUCCCCAAAUCCAGCAAAAACUAAGUCUGUAUGCAUGGAACUGUAGUUGCAGACACUAGCUUCAAGCAGACAUCACAGUAGUGUAACAAUGUUCUAUAUAAAGUAUAAAUUAUAAUUUUUUUUUUCACUGACUUUCAGACAGAAAACAUUUUUUACUGUUAGUUUACACUUAUCACUGUCACAUUUUUCAAGCACAGUAAAUCUUUCAUGCAUUCCAGCAUUGAUUAUGUUGAAUAUAACAAUUAUUGACAAGUCUGGAAAUCGUACAGAAACAGCUUGUGCAUUAAUAUGGUUUUAGUACCACAGACAAAAAAUGUUUUUGUUCUGUUGGAAAGCAGAUUUAAAUUGAAAAUGUCUUGUUUUCCUGUACACAUUAUAUAGUUACCUACAGACAAGGUAUACAUUUCUGACCUCUUAACAAAUAUUCCAUGAGCUGCUCUUCAUAUUAUUUUUGUUUUGUUUCAGUGCAAUUCUUUUAAAUUUAUGAGACUUGCUUUAUUUACUUUCUCUUUGCGGUUCCAUAUUUAACCUGUUUUUUUUUUUUUUUUUCCUCUCUGUUGUUGCUCACAUUUCUUUCUAUCUGAAAGCUCUACAUGGAAGGAAUAAGUUUGGUCCCAUUGGCCAUGUCUUUAAAUGUUUAGGUGUAAGUCUAGGUUACUUAAGAAGAGUAAAAUCACUUCUGAAGAUGAACAGUAGGUUUCUGGUUGGCAGUAUGCAGCAUUGACAAUCGUCCUCAUUGCAGUUGCUAUCACUGCAUCUUCUGGCCUCACCAGUGCGACUGCAUUUCAUAGUUACUUUUUACAACAUUUGACGAGUUGUUUUACGCAUUUGUAUAUCAUUCAUAUUAGCAGACUCUGAGUUUGACACUGCAUGCAGCGGUGUAACAAGUAGGCUGAAACUUUACUGAAUGUGUCAUGAUAUAUUUGACAGUAAUUUAGGCAUGUAUGUGUCACAUCAGUUCUAAUCUAGUAUUGGGAAGUCCUGUCUCAAAUUCAAAUAAAUGAAGGAAUAAAGGUAACUAUCCACAGUUUAGUUGAGAUGUUGAGUGGUAGGCAGGCAUUUUAAACAGGAUUCUUUGGAAGUUUUGCCAAGAGUUAAGUGUCCUACCGCAUUGCUUUACACCACACACACACACACACACACACACACACACACACACAUACUACUACUGCUACUAAUAUUACUACAUUGUCAUGCAAAGGGUCUUUCCCUGUGUGUGUGUGUGUGUGUGUGUGUGUGUGUGUGUGUGUGUGUGUGUCCGCGCUUCCAGACAGCCUUGUUUAUGUGCUUCCACCUGUCUACUGGUCAAUGGUUCAAAUAAACUGAGUGGUUACCUUUACUCUUUUCUUCAUUUGCCACUUCAUUUUCCAUUUUGUGGUGUUGGGAACUAUUCACACACAUGCUAAAUAUGAAAUUCAGUUCAGUGGCUAAGUAAUAUGCUAGAAGAAAAAUAAUGUUUCGGUUUCAGUUUGUGUAUUAUGUGUAGUAAAAACAUAAAACUGUGGACACUUGAACUGUGAGUUAGAUUAGUGUAUGAAUUUGCAAUUUUACAUAUCACUGUUUAUUGAGAUACUAAUAUCAUAAGGUUUGGGAGCACUUUACAAAAUACAAUGCUGUCUGAGAGAUUUUCUCUGAGAAAUGCAUAAAAUGGUGAGGCUUGUAAAUUUUCUGUCCAGUUGAAGUAAAUAGCUCAGUUAUUCUGCUCAAUUACAUGUAUUAUUUAUAAUUGUAAAUGCCAUUUUAUAUUUGCUCAUCUGAAAUGUAAGGAAGCAUUGUGCAGAUGCCAGUAGCUUUAAAUGAGUCUGUGUACAUUUAUAAAAAUUAUAACUGUUUCAAGAUUUACUAUAGUUUUAAAGGAAGUUAUGUUGAUUUAUGUUUCAUAAAUUUAAUUAUUCCUCCUCAUAUUAGAAUUACAUUUCAGAAAGCAUUGUUACUUAUUCACAGUUCAGUUAAGAUUUACCUCCAUUGACAGAUUUUCAUGUAAUGUGAAUGUAUAUGUUAUGAAGCAACAAAUCUAUAAAAAAUACGCUGCCUUUUAAAUUUAUUGUUGCCUGAUGAUCAUGUAAAAUUAUAAAUCCUUGUUUUGUGUACUUAAAUGAUUUGUGACAGGUAGCAUUUGUUUACAUUGUAGUAAUUAUAUUUAAUGAUUACUGUGAAGUUUCACAUCAGCUGGAAUGUUCUAAAGACUGAUUGUUACUUACUUACAUCAUUCUAGCAACAACCAAAACAUUGUGUAAGAAUAAAAUGUAAUGUACUGAUCACACAAGAUGUGCGAAAUGCCAUUCCUCUGGUGAAAUACAGAAUGGCUUACAUUCUGAGAGAUUUUAAAGAUGCCUAUAGUCUGUGUAGGCUUUAAAUUGUGUGUAGACAUUUCAUUUAGUGAGAAGUGUUUUACAGCAUACUUUAAUAGCAAAAACUUAUGGGACCUGAUACUGCUGUAAUCCACUUUUAAUUAGCAUGUACUCAUUGCAGGAAUUUGCUAUGUUAGUUCUGGAAUUCACUCUGUGAAUUGUCAUCAAGCCUGCAAUUUUGGUGUCUUUGACCACAAUUCUCAACACAAAUAUCGGCACUGUAUAGACUACUUUUGUGCUGUAUUUGGACUGUAUGUGAUAGUGAAUGUUGCCUUCCUUUUGGGACAGUGCUCAAGUUUAACCAUCUACUCACCGAAAAUCACCCCUGAGAACUGCCUGCAUGCUGCCAAACAGUGUACUGAACACAGUGAGGUUUUGUGGUUAUUAUACACUGUCAGCAUAUUUUUGUCCAUUUUUUCAUGUAGACUAGCAAUUUUUUUCAACUUUAAGUAGUUACAUUUAAAGAAAAUGUUUAAAAAAAAAGAGGAAAAAUAAAUUGAAGAAAAUGCUAGAAAGUGAAAA